CAAUAAAAGUUUUUUUGUAAUAAAUUCGUAUCUAAUAAAUAUCGGAUUCUAAUUGUUGUUUGAUGUUGACAGUGGCAAAAAACAAGAUGAAGCCUUGCAGAUUUCCCAACAGCUGCGCGAUGUAUCGGAGCUUAGAGAAUUAGACUUUUCUGGCAAUUUGGUUGAUAACGAACGAGUCAUUACUCUUGCUGAACCUAGUAAUUGGGUAUCAGAUGUUCCCAUGUCGACUUUUGGCGCAAUAACCGAUAAGGAGCUGGACUAUAUACUUCAACACGGUGGAUUAAUACCUUUGGAUUUACCAGAUUCAGUUAGAAAGUUACCUGAUCUACCUGAAACUUCCGUCCCAGGAAGUGAAGAUGGAAACCUAUUGCGGAAAUCGACCCUUCCGCCUGUACAGCAAAUCCAAACUGGAACUAUCGGUCUGGUAGAAGGCCAAGGAGUAGAUCAAUCGUUACUUGAAAUACGAGAAACUGCAUUUGAACAAAUACCUGAACCACCUCAGGAAGUUCCUUCGACACCAACUAAACGCAUCCGAUCGUCACCUGGCAUUGAUAGCCACACAACACCCACCAAGAAAAGACGUGAAUUGGAUACUGAACACGGCGGCGUCUUGGCACCAGUACCGCCUCGAAUCGAGCCACCGAGUGAUAGUUUCACUCUGGAAUCAUUGAUCAUCGAUGGUCAAGAGGGCAAAAAAACAAACCGGCGUUCCAAGAGGAGCAAUAUAAUUGAUGAAAUUACCCAGAUACCACCUCACAGACCAGACAUUUACGUUCAAGUGAUCCCUAAGGAUAUAAUUCAACUCCCAAAGGAUACUGCCAAUGAAUUGCUCACGAUCCCAUCCACGAGCUCUAGACGCUGGGGAAACGGGUUACUCGAUUUGUACGAAAGCAUGUUGCUUAACCCUAUGAGUCAUAGUGCUAUAGAACCAAUACCGAACCCAGAAGUGGUACUUGGACCAGUCUCUGAAAUUCACACAACUACGGAUAUCACUGUGGAUGGGCUCCCGAUACAUGGAACAUUGUUGGAAAACACUUCAAAAACUAACGGAACUAAAACUAUUGAACAAAUUUCAAUUGACCAUACAAUUCAGGUGCCCCAAAUUGACAGCUGGUCAGUGAAUGUGAUUAAUGAUUUGCCUCAGCCGUUGCCCGAAACAUCUAUGAACGAGCCACACGUUACUUCGGAAAUGAUCAAUGAUCGUCCUCAGUCAGAGAUCAUUAACAGCGUUUACCGUGACUGGUUCCAAAAUUGGGCAGAUGGGCAUUCUAGAGUUCCAUUGAACGACAAAGGCAUUGAAAAGAGUCCUGCAGUAGAAGUCAGAGUAGGCAGUCACCGAUCUAAGAGCAGUAAGACUUCUACCGGUUCACCAAUCCAGUCCACAGCAAAUCAGACGAAGUCUGAUUUAUUUGGAUGCCUUCAAGGUUUGUGGUCACGCAAUCAAGUCUUAACAUUCAAAGAUCUGGUCCCGACUUCGUCUAAUACGAGAAAAGAUGCUAUUCGAACAUUCUCGUCUCUACUUGAACUGCAUAAAUCAAAGCAAGUGAAACUGCUUCAAGCCGAACCUUAUGGACAUAUUUACAUACAGGAGUAUUCUAUGUACUAAACAAGCUUUAAUGGGCACCCUUCACACUGCAUCACACUCUGUAAGUUCUUGAUCAUAAUUAAUAAGGUCCUUAUGUAAAUAAUUCAUUGUUUAUCAAAUGGAU